AUGUCCAACCUUCGCAUUCUCGUUGCAACAAAGCGCGUUAUCGACUACGCCGUCAAGAUUCGCGUCAACGCCGCCGGGUCAGCCGUCGAGACCGCCAAUGUGAAGCACUCGAUGAACCCCUUUGACGAGAUCGGAACCGAGCAGGCCAUUCAGAUCAAGGAGGCCCUUGCCAAAUCCAAGACCGGCACUGCCGAGAUCGUCGUCGUCUCCUGUGGACCCGUUAAAUCCCAGGAGACCCUCAGGACCGCGUUGGCGAUGGGCGCUGACCGUGCGAUCCAUGUCGACAGCGACGAGGAAUUGCAGCCCCUGGCGGUUGCCAAGCUGUUGAGGGCUGUGGUUGAGAAGGAGAAGCCUGAUAUGGUUAUCUUGGGCAAGCAGGCUAUUGAUGAUGAUUCCAACCAGACUGGACAGAUGCUUGCUGGUCUCUUGAACUGGCCCCAGGCCACCUUCGCCUCGAAGGUUGAGCUCGGCGACAAGUCGAUGACCGUCACCCGUGAGGUUGACGGAGGAGUUGAGACUGUCAAGACCCCCCUUCCCGCCAUCUUGACCACCGAUCUCCGCCUCAACGUCCCCAGAUACGCAUCGCUCCCCAACAUCAUGAAGGCCAAGAAGAAGCCCCUCGCCAAGUUUACUGCUGCAGAUUUGGGCGUUGAUAUCAAGCCCCGUCUCCAGACCUUGAAGAUUGUCGAGCCUGCCAAGAGACAGGGCGGUAAGAUCGUUGAGUCUGUCGAUGACUUGGUCGACAAGCUUAAGAACGAGGCCAAGGUUCUGUAA